UCAAACAUCAAAUUCCAUUUAAAACUCCUCCCUCUCUCUCUCUCUCUUUUCCAUCACAAAAUCCAACUUCUCUUCUUACACUUGACAUUUUCUUUUUUGAUUUCUUGAUUCAGAUAAUUUAUAUUGGAAUAAAGAACCUGAAUCUUUUAUGUAGUCAUUUAUUUUCCUCCUAAACUAGUAAUACCAAUGGUGACAAAGCUCAGUAUUUUAAUUUUUGUUUUGUUGAGUUUAUUCUUAUUUGGUUUUGUGGUGUCUAGGGAAUUUGGGAUCAAUCUGAAUACUAGUGCUUCUGGUAUUGAAUUCCCUCAACAUCCAAGUUUCAAUGUUGUUUCUUCUUCUACUUACUCAGGUUGCAAUCAUGUAAAAUCGACAAGUAUGUUAACCCGAGAAGAACAAACUAGUCAAGAUGCUCAGCCAAAAGAAGCAGUCAAGUUUCAUUUAAGGCAUAGAUCAGCUGGUAAAACUAGAGAGGUUAAAAACUCUGUUUUUGAGUCUACAUCAAGGGAUUUAGGUAGAAUUCAGACAUUGCAUACAAGGAUUGUUGACAAAAAGAAUCAAAACUCUGUUUCAAGAUUGGGUGAAAAAACUGUUAUUUCUUCACAAUUUGAGCUUUCAGGCAAACUAAUGGCGACGUUGGAGUCAGGGGUGAGUCAUGGAUCAGGGGAAUAUUUCAUGGAUGUUUUUGUUGGUACACCUCCUAAGCACUUCUCUUUGAUUCUUGAUACUGGUAGUGAUCUUAAUUGGAUUCAAUGUGUACCUUGUUACGACUGUUUUGAACAAAAUGGUCCUUAUUAUGAUCCUAAAGAUUCUUCUUCUUUUACUAAUAUAACUUGUCAUGAUCCAAUGUGUCAUCUUGUUUCAUCUCCUGACCCUCCACAGCCUUGUAAGACUGAGAAUCAAACUUGCCCUUAUUACUAUUGGUAUGGAGAUAGCUCAAAUACGACUGGUGAUUUCGCGCUUGAGACUUUCUCCGUUAAUCUCACAACCCCUAGUGGGAACUCUGAGAUCAAGAAAGUGGAAAAUGUGAUGUUUGGUUGUGGUCAUUGGAAUAGAGGUUUGUUUCAUGGUGCUGCAGGUUUGUUAGGACUUGGUAAAGGACCACUUUCGUUUUCGUCUCAGCUACAAUCUUUAUAUGGACAUUCUUUUUCGUAUUGUCUAGUCAAUAGGAAUAGCAACUCUAGUAUCAGUAGUAAACUGAUUUUUGGCGAAGAUAAGGAGCUUUUGAAACAUCCAAACUUGAACUUCACUUCAUUAGUUGGUGGGAAAGAAAAUCCCGCAGAAACGUUCUACUAUGUGCAGAUCAAAUCGAUCAUAGUUGGAGACCAAGUGCUAAAGAUACCGGAGGAGACGUGGAAUAUGUCUCCCCAAGGUGUUGGUGGCACAAUCAUUGAUUCAGGAACCACUUUGAGUUAUUUCGUCGAACCAGCAUAUGAGAUGAUAAAAGAGGCAUUUGUUAACAAAGUGAAAGGGUAUCCAUUAAUACAAGAUUUUCCCAUUCUUAGACCAUGUUACAAUGUAUCUGGAGUGGAGAAUCUUGAAUUGCCCUCAUUUGGAAUAACUUUUAGUGAUGGAGCUGUAUGGAAUUUCCCCGUCGAGAACUACUUCAUCAAACUUGAUCCAGAAGACAUUGUUUGUUUAGCAAUUUUAGGUACUCCUAACUCUGCCAUGUCGAUAAUUGGUAACUACCAACAACAGAAUUUUCAUAUCUUAUAUGAUACAAAAAGGUCUAGGCUGGGAUAUGCACCAACAAACUGUGCUGAUGCCUGAUAUGCUGACUUACAAGGAUGGAAAACUGUAAACAUAGUGGGAAUUGGAAGGAUUAUGUUCAUUUUUUUUACAACUUAAUAGAUACAAAUGUAGGUUCUAUCAUUCUCUUUUACUUUUUAGGUGUGUAGAUGAUUAUACAUCGUUUGACAGAAACUAGCUACAACAUAUACGAGUAAAGUUUCAAGAACUCUCAUGUUUGAAUGACUGUUUUUAUAAUUUAUUACAUUUUUCUCAUCUA